AUGUUUUGUUUCUCAAGUCUUGCACUGUAUCUGGUUUGUUGCCCUCACCGCGAAGUGCUAAGUCCAGAGCAAGCAGGCUGCCCGGAUGAGUACCUGAAUACCGAAUGUUGCUCACAUUCCGACUUUCUGACAGUUGUUCGGGACCUCCGCUCAAAUGAUUACGAAGAGUCCCAGAAUCUGCUAUGGAAAUUUCUUCGUGACGUGGACCUCUCAAAUUCUGAAGCAUGGUAUCUAUACUCUACAGGCUUUGCACGCAACAUCAACUUGAAGACGUCCGAAUUUCUUGCCAGCGUUGACAAGAGACCCUUGCGCGAAGCGCGGGACGGCGCCACGCAGCUCAGCCGUCUUGUAAGCAAAGGCAUGUUGCGCCUUGAAAGUUUCCAGCAGUUUUGCCUGUGGCAGACGGCCACUCGCAGUGGAAGGCAGGUCUUGAAUGUCCAGCCCGGUGAGUGUGAGCAUGACGUGUUGUCUUUGUACAAAGAGACUGUGGCCAACCACGAUUUGCUUGCCUAUCAGCUGAUUCCAAGCCUGGCUUAUCUCCCUCAACUGCAGCUUCCAGAUGUGUCAUCAAUAGUGGUCACGCUUCAGAUUGUUUGUGUGGGAAAGUGGGCCAGGCAGGGCAUUGGGACUUUGCUCAGCAUUCUUCAUCGACGGUCCACUUUGCUCAGGAUAUUUGUCCUUGGUGAUGCUGAGGGCUGGGAGGAGUUGCACAAGGCACUGCAAGAAGCGCUACCAUCGGAGCUGGAACUGACGGGCGUGGGUUUUGAGCACAUAAACUUUGAAGAAAUGCCACAGUUCCGGACCUACAUGCCACUCGGCAGGAUGAUGUUGGUUUUGAUUCACCGGAGCCAGUACCCAAACGACUGCUUCUUUGCAAACUCUAUCGAGAAGGCCAUGCUGGCGCGGAUCCUUGGCCACCUUCUGCUUCCCGAGGAUGUGGACCAAAUAAUCUCCAUUGACGUGGGAGAUCUGCUGGUGCUGGAUGAUAUUCAGGAGUUGUGGGAAGUUGGUUCCACUUCCGGGGAUCACUUUCUGGCAGCAGCCUAUGCAGCACCGCUCCAACAUGUCAAUGCUGGAACCGUCGUGUACAACCUUAAAAAGAUGCGCCAAAGCAACUUCACUGACCUGACCUUGCUAGCUGCCUCCUAUGGUCUCAGGAAGAGCUCAGAUCAUCAAUGCUUGCGCGAUCAGGGGAUCCUGAACCUCCUGAGUGACGAGCUCUUCCUUGGAAGCAUUGGCAUCCAGCAAUCUGUUGUGCGGUUUCUUCCUUGCAAGUGGUCCCUGUUCCCCAGCUUGGACUGGCAUCCAGCAUGGGAGAAGCCAGAGGUUUGGCCUCCAGACAUGGUAAGGAACCGCCGUUACCCAGGCAUUGUGUCCGGGGACCGCGUGGAGCACUACUGCCCCGAUGUCGCAGAUUUGCUUUCCGCCUUUGCUUUCGUCCCACUCAGCGGAUCCAGACAAGCACGGGUAAGGGAAUAUGCAAUCUUGGGCUCUCAACCGGAG